AUGGUUAAUUGGAGAGAUCCCGAAGCCUACUUCCGCCUUUUGGCCGCCAUCUACGCUGGCAAUCCUGGAAUCAAGGUACGUCUCCAGCAUGUUUUCACGACAAUAUUUCACAAGACUCGACCAAAGACAACAACCACUAACACUAUAAAAUUCACUUUUCAGAUUGAUAUACCAAACACAGCUUUGGCAUAUGGCUGCGGCGCCACUGAUCGUUCGAUUCACAAUCAGAUAUGCAAAUGCCGUGAGCUAGCAAAGCAGCUCAAGAACGAAGUCGAGAAGACCGGCGUCCAGCGACCACCACGUGGCAUGGAUGGAAACGCUGGCAUGGUGUCUAGAACUCCUCGUACACCCAGAACCCAGUUCGGUGGUGUCUCCAAGUCCGGUGGAGCUUCUUCUCGGUCUCGCGGUGGUGCUGCCAAGGGCAAGAACCUCGCUACUCCUACCAAGGCCUCAAAGGGAAGCUUUACCUCCGAAGGCAUGUCAAUGAUCGACGCCAUUGUAGUCGACAGCAAUGAUGAAGUUAGCGUGAUCAGUCUAACUAAGUCCGAGACAACAUCCAUCCAUGACGACAUGAAGAAGGAAGAAAUCAAGAAAGAAUUCAAGCGAGAGAUAGACUUGACUACCCCUGAACUAGUGCCUAGUCUCCAGUUCUUUGGUGGGCGUCCUCAGCCCGCUCGUGUUGACAGCCAGACCAAUGGGUAUGUCAUUGGAUCUGGAGCCCAGUCUGCUACGAACACCAAGGACGACUUCCGCAUUGAUGACAUUUUCGAUUGA